CACCUCAAAGCUUACAAAUUUCGCUGGACAGAAUCCCGUAGAGUGAGAUCGUGCUCCCUAAUUCUCCCGAUCCAGGUAUCCCGUCGCACUGAAACUUUGUUCUCUGCGGUUCGUCGUACUCUUUCGGCUCUUUCCGACUAGAGUGAACACUUGCGUGUGAGAUUCACAAGUUAUGGUCGACGCAGAGCGAGAACUCCAAGCGGGGGGGGCCUCUCCCGCAGCUGCAACAAUGACUACGACAGCGAUGGCGACAACGACACCUGAGCCACCCAAGCCUUUGCCCAAGGGAAUGGUCUUGGGUCCGGACGGCAAGCCGUGCCGAUCUUGCUCAUCCAAAAGCGCAUUCUCCAGUUGGGCCUCUCAGAUAAACGGUUCGGUAAAGAAGGGUGCACCAGUGUCAUCGGGGCCUGCUAAUGACUGCCCACCCGACGUCGAGAGCCUCGGGCGUGGCACCUGGCAGUUGCUGCACUCGAUUGCUGCGACAUACCCCGAGAAGCCCUCAUCGACGCAGAAGGAGGACCUUCGAGGCUUCAUGAGGCUGUUCUCAAAGCUGUACCCCUGCUGGGUGUGCGCCGAAGACUUCCAGUCAUACAUGCAAAAAGAAAGGCUACGGGUGGAGGGACGCAGCGAGUUUGGCGAUUGGCUUUGUCAGGCACACAAUGAGGUCAACCGCAAGCUAGGGAAGAAAGAAUUCGACUGCAGUAAGUGGGAGGAGCGAUGGCGCACCGGCUGGAAAGACGGCAGUUGCGACUAAGUCGGCAUGUUUGGAGAAGUUUCGUACCAAGGUGGAGGGGGACGAACGAGCAUCUGCACCAACAUAAUGGGUUGACAGACACCUUCCCUCCUUAUUCCCUCUUCUUCCCGUACCUCUCCUCUUGAGGGCCAGGUAUGUAUGAUAUCUAGAACACACUUCACAGUAUCCCCAAUAUAGCACAGCAGGUCGCUUGCGCUGGUUGUUGCCCUCUCUCCGAUCCCUUGCUAUCACGCUUUUCUCGCCUGAGCGUUCAAAUAGUCCUGCUCGAGUGGUACUUUCGUACUCACUUGUGCAGAUUCGUU